AAGGGACAUCUGAUCCUUUUCGACAUCUAAGGUUAGUAGGUCUGGAUUUUUAUUUAAUUCUUUUAAAUUUAUCAUAUUUAAUCAAUUAAUUUAUGUAUUCUUGCCCUUUGUUAUAGAUCGAAGGCAUGUAUGAACAUAGUGAAGAAAAUGAUUUCUCAUCUGCUUAUAGCACUCCAAAUUCAUAUGAAUCGGAGCUUGAAGCUGUUUUUGAUGAGAUUCGCAUUGAAAAACAGUUGUCAAUGGUGCGAGAGAAGGUUGAGGCGUAUUAUACUAAUGUCCCUGUUGCUAAUACAGCACCCCUUGCUAGUACAGAGGAUGUGGAUGUUGAGGAUGUGGAGGAUGAUGAUGACACAGAUUCUGACUCCUACAUUUACGAAGAAGGGGAUGAUGUUCUAUGGGAGUUGUUAUUCUCGGAUCCAAAGAUGCGCCACAAGGACUUCUAGGGGAGUAUUCCUCUCUUUCUUAUGUGCGUAGAAUAUUUUUAUUAAGUGCCUCCUUUGCAUUACUCUAUAGUUCAGAUUAUAUGGGAAACUAAUGAUGAUAAUUUGCACUCGAAUGUGAUGCGUGGACUAUGUGCUUGGUGUUUGUAACCGCAAACAUGUUCAUUAUCCAUAUAUACAUCCAAAAUCCAAAAAAUGCUUGCAUACAUUGGCUGUCUAUACACACUGCCAAAAAAGAAACAAAAAAAGUGCAUAUGAUGAACAUAGUAAACAAAAGACAUUUGAAAGACGAUAUCACUUAGAUUGUUCCUGAUGCACUCCCUUCCCCAUUUCUACAUUGGACACCUUGUAAGGCAUACAGACUUGACUCAUAAAGUUCUACAUUUACAUCGAGUUGGUUUGGCAGUGUACCUUCUCUCUCAAGUCUGCCCUUACCUAUGUGUGCCAAUUUAUAGUUAUUGCCUCCUUGUACUUUCAAAAUCUCUAUCAUUGUUAACUGGUGCACUGCUGGAGGUGUGUGGGUGAAGACAUGGAGUGGAAUGAAGAACUGAAGAUGCCAUGGCAGCAUCUCUGUUCAUGUUGUGGAAUGAAGAAUUGAAGAACUGGAGAGAUUUUUUUUGCAGGAUGUACUCCUUGAGUGUGCAGGAUGUAGUCCUUAAAUAUUGUUUGCAUUUGUGUAAUUAAAUGGAGGGAAAUUUUCCCUUCAAGACAAAGAUGUGAUGUGUUGAUGUGUUUGGUGUUAGAUUAGAUAUUUGUAAUGAUUAUUGUACUUGCAAUGCUUGUUUGUGUUUUUUACUCCAGAAGUGGCGGUUUCCUUCUUAUUUGUGUUCUUUACUCUUUUUUUUUAUCAAAAACACAAAAACUGCAUAGAGGGGCAAUUUUGGAAGGUCAAUGCCAUUUUUUCCAAUCCUUAAAUAUACCCCAAAGUCAAAACGGGCGAUAUAAAUCGGGACGGAGGGAGUAAUAAAAGUGAAAAUUUAUUAUCCGCGUCAACACAUAAGAAGAAAAUGUUAAUUGAAUCUUACGGAUUAAAGACAAAUUUAAAAAAUGUAAAUGUGACCGCGUAUAAAUUUCAAAAAAUAAAAACUACGAAUAUUUUAAAAUACUUGCAUGACAUUAAAAAAAUAAAAAUAGUACUCAACUACUCAAGUCUACAAUCUCACUGAAUCAUUCGGGCCCGGCCCAAAAAUCUUAAGUUCACACUAUUUUUUAUGGACUCUCUCACAUAAACAUACACUCUUAUACAAAGAUUCACCUAAAAUGAAGUGGACCUUACGUCCACAGUUGCAUUUGGCCUUCUUUUCUGACGAAAAAAAUCAAAUUAAAAACCAUAU